AUGGCUCGCGUUUGGAGAGAGUAUAAAACGCCUGAUGGAAAAGUCUAUUAUUAUAAUCUAACCACAAAAAAAUCAACCUGGACCAGGCCGGCCGAUUUCGAGGAUGAUGCAGACGUUCGCGACAACAAGAAGCGCAAGCUGGAUCAUCUGCCCAAGUUUGCUGUUCCCCUUGAAAACGAUUGGUUUUUGAUAAUAUGCAAUACGGGACUGAGAUUUUUUUAUAAUAAAUCCUCCAACGUGUCAAGCUGGGAAAUUGUGGAUGAGAACUCUGCUGCCUUGAUAGCACAAUUGGAUAAAAGGAAACUCAUUUUACUGAUCGCAAUUGCUAGGGGAUUUGCUUACGAAGGGAAUGACAUAUACGAAGAAAUUCUUGAAGACUUGGAUAAAGUAAGACCUGCAAAAGAUACGGACUACACGGACUCUCCGGUGAUCUCUGGUGUAGAAGAAAAUAAUGGCCCAGAAUCUCAAAGACCCAAUGUUAACAGAUUGAAAGAUACUUCUUUGUCGUCCGGCACCAGUGGCUUAGUGGCCGGCUACGACAGCGAUGAAUCUGAAGAAGAGGGGAAUGAACAAGCUGAAUUGCCUGGACACGCAAACCCUUCGGCUAAUAACAUCGAGGACAACAACAUCGAGGGCAACAACAUCGAGGACGACAACAUCGAGGACGACAAUGAAUCGGAGGUGUACGAAUUCAACAGUUUAGAGGGUAAAUCUCAAAAUAGUAAUGUGGAAGAGUUUAAAUCAUUAUUUGAUGAAUAUGAACUGGACCCCUAUUCUACGUGGAGUUUACAGUCAAAGAAGAUAAACAGUGAUGCUAGAUACUACAAAGUCACCAGUGAUGUGUUGAGAAAAGAGCUGUUUGAUGAUUGGUGUGCUGCUGCAGUCGUAACCUCUCAACAUGACCAGGACAAUAGCGACAACAAUGCAGAGGAAGAAGUCGAAGACUUGUCAGAAGAAGAGGACGACCAAAUGGAACCAACUAAGUACCACUACUUGGCCCAUAUUGUUUCAAAAGCCUCAAUCGCACCCAACACAAUCUUUAAGGAUAUUAAAACUAAUAAUAGCGAACUCUUCAAAAAAUUUAAGAUCAAUCAUUCUAUCAAGAAGAAAGAACAAGAACAUUUUAUCUCGAGACUACUUUUUUACUAUAAGAAAAGAACUUUAGAAGAAAGAAUCCAGACAUUUGAGUCAUUUCUCACUACUAAAUCAUCAAUACUGAAACGUAACGUGAAAGAUACACAAACAUUACGCGCCAUUGUGAGUAAGGAAUCCCUUCCAGAUUCUUCAUACGGAAUAGAAACCCUUCUUCUGAAGAUGGAAAAUUGCAUGGACAUCCAUGGAGCUAGUGCGUUUCUUCAGAAUGAAAUGCAGUACUACUUGAUAGGUGUGAAAGAUAAAACGAUAGUUCUGCAAAAGUUUCUAAAACAGUUUAUUUAG